AUGGCAAAACAGCUUCGGAUCAGUCUAACGACGACUCUCACUCUCCUGGAGCAACUCCAAGCAGCUCUUUCAGCUCCCGCCGGAGAUACCAAACCCGCCGAACUUUCGGGAAAGGAUGCUCUUCCCCUCCUUUCCACGUCAGCUACCGCAUUGAAGUCCCAGAUCACAAAGCUAUCCCUUUUGACGAUAACUUCUCCAUUCACUCACUCGGCGGUCGGCACCGUUCUCUCGGCAUUGAAUGGAUCCGUGCUCCCGUCUCUCGUAACGGCGGCUCUCCUUGUCACUCCCACGGAUCAUACAAAGGCUUUCCACGCGGAGGUACACGCCUUGACGAAGACGGCAUUGAGGGAAUUGACUUCUCUGGUAACCGAGGUUCAAGCUGUCGCCGAAAAGACAGACAAGGCAAAGGAUGGUCAAAAGAAAGGAGGUGAACUUUCGCAGGCGGAGAAGGAUACUGUGACGGUCGCAACCGGGCGUGUCUGGGAUUCGUGCGACACGUUGAUUGAUGUCGCGGCCAAAGGGGUGGUUGGGUUCGUGAUACAGCGCGUCGAAGAGUGGCGGGAUCUGGUGCGUGAUGCAGUGGAGGAGAUUGAGGAGUGGGAUCCCGAAGAGGAUGGGGACGAAUUCUUCGAUGAUCUCUUGAGCGAUGAUGGUGAGAAAGAUAUUCAAGAUGAAGACGAGGAGGAUACCGAGGAAAGCAGCGCUGCGCUACAUGCACAGAAGAAAUCGACCCUCCGGAUUCUAAAGCCUAUUGCUCAGAUAUACCCUGCCAUUGUCGCGAAUCGGCUGAAGGGCGCUGGCGAUGUGCCGUGCUCAUCUCCUUCUGGGAUUGGCAGGUUAGAGCGCUUGAUGACGAAUUUACAGCACAUCCCGGAGCAUGUAGAUGAAGUCGCUGGAGCCCUGUACGAGGAGGAUUUGGAUAAAUGUGCUCGUUAUCUCGGCAAGGUUAAACGCUGCGCCAUGAACGCUGUCGACUCUGUUAAGCCGACUUGGGAUAUGGUGGAUGCUGCCGACGGUCAGCAGAAGGAAGAUAAGUUCACAAUAUGGUCGAAAACGUGGACGAAUGUUUUGGAUGAAGUCAGCAAAUCUGUGGGGUCGGACAAUCCAGAAUAA